CCCUUUUCUCUGUUUUUUCCUUUUCAUCAUCUAGCACAUGGCCAACUCCUCUUCCUCACUUCCUUCUGUCCUUUCUUUCAAAACACUCUCUUUCAUUUAAAACUGCAAUCAGUUCCUUUCUCAAUUGCACCCGAUCGAAGAAAAUGGAGAUUUUCCAUCACUCCAAUUCAACCCAUUUCUGUUUCUGUUUCUGGGUUUCUCUUACUUUCUUCUUCUUCUUCCCAUUUUCAUCUGCCCAAUUAUCUCCAUCCGAAACCAGAAUACUUAUCCAAAUCCAACAUAUUCUUGAAUACCCACAACCUCUUCAAUCUUGGUCUAACUCAACCAACUUCUGUAACCUCCCGCCAACCCAAUCUCUUACAAUCCUCUGCUCCGGCAGCCACAUAACCGAAUUAACCAUCAUCGGAAACAAAACCACCACCCAAAAACCCCUUUCAAAUAACUUUUCCAUCUAUUCAUUCUUCACCAUCAUCACAAAGCUCUCCAACUUAAGAUCACUUAAGCUGGUUGGUUUGGGUAUGUGGGGUCCUCUCCCAUCAAUGAUUAGCCGUUUGAAGUCAAUUGAAAUGCUUGAUAUCAGUUCAAAUUUCUUCACCGGAGAGAUCCCGGAUUCCAUUGGGAGUUUGAUCAGUAUAAGAAGACUUGUAUUAAGUGAUAAUUUAUUCAAUGGUAGUGUACCUCAUCUGAAUCAUUUGAAGUUGCUUGAAGAUCUUCAUCUGGGUAAAAAUCAUUUAGGUCCAAACUUUCCAUUGUUGCCGUUCAAUCUUGUUAAUGUAUCAUUGAGGAAUAAUUCUAUUAGAUCAGCCAUACCAAAUGACAUAAAAAACUUCAGUCUUCUCCGAAUGUUUGAUUUAUCAUCAAAUAAGCUUCUUGGAUCAAUACCUUAUUUUUUAUUGUCUCUUCCAUCUAUUCAAAAUCUAAAUCUUGCUGACAAUAGAUUAAGUGGGUCUCUUCCAUUGAACAUGUCUUGCAGUUCUAAUCUUACUUAUCUAGAUAUUUCCAAGAAUCUUUUAAUAGGUAAAUUACCCAUUUGCUUUAGAGAAGGGAAGAACAGAACAGUCUUAAGUUCUUGGAAUUGCUUUUCGGGUGGUGGGUUGAAGAAACAGCAUCCUUAUAGCUAUUGUAAUAAACAAGCAUUAGCAGUUGAGGUUCCAGUUGAGGUAAAGAAAAGGCAGUCCAAUAUUAAAAUUUGGGCAGUCGUUGGAAUUAUUGGUGGUGGUGUUGGGAUAGCUAUUGUUUUUAUGGGACUGGUUGUGUUGAUUCUUAGAGUGUUGAAAAGGAAGAGAGCCAAUCAUGUUACCAAGAGUGACAAUGUUGUAAUUGAGAAAGGACAUGGACAUGUUCCAAGAACAAUGAGGUUAGCAUCACUCUUGCCCCCAUAUAAUGUUUUUACAUUGGAAGAAAUGGAAGAUGCUACAAACAACUUUGAUCCAUCAAAUUUAGUUGGGGAAUUAGGCUUACAAGGACAGAUUUACAAAGGAUGGCUAAGAGAUGGAUCUAGAGUCCUGGUAAGAUGUUUGAAGAUCAAAGAGAAGCUUUCUCCUCAAAGCCUUCAACAACAAAUGGAAGUGAUAUCAAAGCUAAGGCACAGGAAUUUGGUUAGUGUUCUUGGCCAUUGUAUUGCCACCUACCAAAACCAAAACCCUAUUAAUACAGCCACAACAAUCUUCAUAGUCAUGGAAUAUAUGGCAAAUGGGUCCUUGAGAGAUCAUUUAUCAGAGUGGGCAAAAAGGGAUACCCUAAAAUGGCCACAAAGAAUGGGAUUAACAAUGGGAGUAGCCAAAGGAGUUGAGUUCCUGCAUUCUGGAAUUUCGCCUGGAAUAUUUGGUAAUGGUUUGAGGAUCGAAAAUAUCCUCUUGGACGAAACCCUCUCUCCAAAACUAAGUAGCUAUAAGAUCCCAUUAUCAUCAUCAUCUAAACUGCAAACAAGAAACGAAAAUGGUGAAAAAGAGGACAUUUAUCAACUGGGUUCGAUUCUACUACAAUUAAUUACAGGAAAAGUGAUUGAAUCAAAAAGGGAAUUAGAUAUCCUAAAGAUUGAGAUUGAAAGUAGCUUGGUUGAAUCAUCAACAAGAUUGAGAGAAGUGAUAGAUCCAUCCAUAAGAGGAAGUUUUGCAUAUGAAUCAAUUAAGACUGCAGUUGAGAUAUCAUUGAAAUGUGUUUGUGAAGAUGAGAAUGGGAGACCUAAUAUUGAAGAUUUUCUUUGGCAUAUGAAAUAUUCUCUUCAAGUACAACAGGGAUGGACUACUAGUAGUGGAAAUCUCAGUACAAUGAUUAAUUAAUAAUUGUUUUAUUUUUGGUUUUUGGUUUUUGAAAAUACUUUUGUUCUACAACCUGUAAAUCUUUCACUUUCAGUCACUCUUUUUCUUCACAUGGGUUGCCAACUUUCCAUUUUGGUUUCUUUUCCUUUUGAUUUUGUUGUUAUUUCAAUCAAUAAUUUCAUUCACUGUAUAGAAUUGGUUUGGAUUGAGUUUUUAUUUGAAUAAGCUCUUAACUAAGAACUAGUUUGAUCUUUGUUUUUUU